AAUGAAUUAAAUUGUUAGCUUUACUAUUAUUUAUUUAUAACACAUUAUACUUUCCAACACAUAAUACUUUUCCCGCAACAUCAAAUUAAAUGUUUUUUUUGAUGAAUGAUGAGAAUAUUAUAAGAAACUAACCAAUUAAAUGUUGGAAUAAACAGAAAGGGAGAUGAAAAGAAUGGAAUAAGUGGGACUCAUUUUGUCUGCCGAUUUUAAUGAAAUGGCAGUCACGAAGAGACAGAUACAUUGCUUCCGUCUGCUAAAGCAUCACUUAAUGCUAACUAUAUAUAUAUAGGGUGGGUGCCAUCGGGUUUGCUAAUCCACAACAUCAUUAUUAGCAAAAGCCUCUAUCCAUCCGACCUAUGCUCGUUUGAUCUGUUCCAACAGCUAGCAGAAUGUCGACAGUGUUCAGCCUGACGUCCGACAAUGAAUUCAUCUCGCUGAUUGAUGACACACGCGUUGAAGUGCGGCGGUACAAAGGCGACGUGAAUAAUUUCAACACUAUCCGGAGAACAGACUACGCCUCUGAUAAUCAUUGGGGCAUCCCGGCAGUUGAAGUUGGUCCGGGAGAAGGAUACGAGGCUCUCGAGGUCUUUGGCACCGCUAUUGAGGGAGAGAAUUUCAAACAGCUAGUGAAGGAGCUCAAGGCAGUCGAAGACGGCGAAAAGAUCCAUUUUUUUGUGAAUCGUUUGGGGCUCUGUAUGAUUAGUAGAAUCAAUCAUCCAACUAUUAAGGCCAUGCGGAUCAACGAUUACUUUGGUUGGUCCAAGUACGGCGUGAAGUUGCCUCGAGACGUAACCAAGUUCACCGUGUGGAGCAGAGCGGACAUGCACAGUGGAGAAACGUUGGUUGAUUCCCGAGGCAUGGGCAGAGCUAGCGAGGAAGCUGAAAAAGGAGCCAGAGGAGAAGGAAAUGGAACUGGCGGCAUGCAAGAAGGAAUUGGAGGAGAAGGGCAUGGAGCUGGCGGCAUGCAACAAGGAGCUGGAGUGGAAGCCAAGGAGAAGGAGGUGGAGAUGCUGAACAGUCAACUCCUUGCUUUCAAGGCUCGUCACGAGGACGUGGAAUGAGUGAAACCUCUUUCAAUUUCUAGCGCUAGCGUUUUCCUUCAUUCUUAUGUAAUGCAUCUCUCUUUCCCGUUUUCAUUAACGAUGAUAUAUGGGUUAAGGUUCCAAAACUUCCAAUAGCUUUUUUUUACCUCUACGUACUAUCAUAAUCAAACGAAAAAUCUUGUCAAAUAAUUCGAUAAAACUAGUGAUAUACGUACGAUUCAUUUUCCGUAAUUACAGCAUAACGAAACAGUCGACAACCUCAAGGAUUCAAGGGGACUGGAAGCCUCCAUGAUAUUAUAAAUCAACCUAUCUAUCCGUAUUCAUGUAUAUAUAUAGGAGAAAUCCAUGCAUGGGUACGUGGACCCAGCUUUCUUUCGUUUGCAUAGCUACUUGUUUCGCAUUAAACAAAAGAAUGGGAU